CAGCUGAAGGUGAAGAGUAUAAAGAACGCAGUUGAAGACAAUCGCUUGGAGGAGCGCGCACUUAAACGUGCCAGCACGAACAACAUGAUGAGGCUGCUUUUUCUGUGGGGAUUACUGUAUCUCAGUGGCACUAGUGGUGAAGUUGUUUGUGGCAACCAACAGUACCUGCCCAACCCGUAUAACUGCAGUACCUACUACGAAUGUUCUAAUGGCAUUCCUUACCUGAUGCCAUGUCCAUCGCACCAGGAGUUCAGCCCCACUACCCACACGUGUAAGAGUCCUGAUGAAGCACAGUGUAAGACAAGCGUGGUGGAGAUCAGUACAGCUUCAACAACAGUUGUACCAGUGACAACUACCAGUCAGACAACAAGCUAUUACUGCCCUCAAAGUGACGACAGUGGCGCAUAUUUGUAUCCCAACCCCUUGAGCUGUUCUUCAUUCUACAUGUGUCAUGAAGGACACCUUGAACUUUUCCAGUGUUCACAAGGUCUAGAGUAUUCUGUAACAGAACGGGUGUGUGUUUAUCCAACUAUGGCCAAAUGUGACCUUAGUAAUUUACCAACAUUUCCGAAUGGUCCCACAACACCAGCAUCCUGUCAAGCUAACACUGCAUCUACCAGUCCCACCACAAGUACUGCUGCUGGUCCUACUCCUAACUAUUACUGUCCUGAAGUUGAUGGAGCUAGUACCUAUAUUUACGCUAGCCCCUAUAGCUGUUCUUCAUAUUACAUGUGUACUGAAGGUAAACUGUACUUAUUCCCAUGUCCAGGAGAACUUGAGUUCUCUGCUACAGACAGAAUAUGUGUAUUGCCCUCUUUAUCCAAGUGUGAUCUAAACCAUCUACCAACUUAUCCCACAGGGCCAACUGAAGCAAUAACAGCUCCCAAUCCCACAAUCGCUACUGUUACUCCUGGUCCUGCUCCUAACUAUUACUGUCCCGAAGUUGAUGGAGCUAGUACCUACAUAUAUGCUAGUCCCUAUAGCUGUUCUUCAUACUACAUGUGCACUGGAGGUAAACUGUACUUAUUCCCAUGUCCAGGAGAUCUUGAGUUCUCUGCUACAGACAGAAUAUGUGUAUUACCCUCUUUAUCCAAGUGUGAUCUAAACCAUCUACCAACUUAUCCCACAGGGCCAACUGAAGCAAUAACAGCUCCCAAUCCCACAAUCGCUACUGUUACUCCUGGUCCUGCUCCUAACUAUUACUGUCCCGAAGUUGAUGGAGCUAGUACCUACAUAUAUGCUAGUCCUUAUAACUGCUCUUCAUACUACAUGUGCACCGGAGGCAAACUGUACUUAUUCCCAUGUCCAGGAGGGCUUGAUUUCUCUGUUACAGACAGAAUAUGUGUACUUCCCAUUUUAGCCAAAUGUGAUCUUAACAAUCUACCAAGUUAUCCUACAGGACCGACAGAGGCAAUAACAGCUGUCAACCCUACAACUACUACUGUUACUCCUGGUCCUACUCCUAACUAUUACUGCCCUGAAGGUAAUAAUACUUCACAAACAUACUUAUAUCCCAAUCCAUACAGUUGUUCCUCCUACUAUAUGUGCGUUGACAGGAUUCUGUACCUUCUUCACUGUCCAGGAGACCUUGAGUACUCGGUUACUUACAAGGUAUGUGCUUUAGCAUCAAUUGCAAAAUGUGAUCUGAAUAACCUGCCAUCGUAUCCAACUGGUCAUGCAACUGCUACAACAGUGGCAUCUAUUAACACAGCUACUGCUGUGACUUCUGUCCCAAAUUACUAUUGUCCUGAAAUUGAUACAAGUAUAACAUAUUUAUACCCUAAUCCUUACAGCUGCUCUUCAUAUUACCAGUGUGUUGGAGGCAGUCUUCACCUGUAUCAGUGCCCAGAUGGUUUUGAGUACUCAGUGACACAGAGGGGCUGCGACUCCCCUUCCAUAGCCAAGUGUGAUCUCAACAAUCUGCCAACGUUCCCUACUGGCCCCACUGCAUUGGUCCCUACGGAGGCCACCACCCCAGCCCUGGUAGUUUCAUCUCCUGCCACAACCACUGUUGAUAAUAGCGUGACCGUUCAUUAUGAGUGUCCUCCUAGUGAAAGUGGUGUCUAUUACCGCUACCCUGGAGACUGUCACAGGUUCAUCGAAUGCAACUAUGGGGUUGCUGAAGUACAGUCGUGUGCUGCCAACCUUUUGUUCAGCGAAUCGAAGCAAAUAUGCGAUUAUCCUCAAAACGUUCCCGAAUGCUCAACCACAUCUUCUUCAGUAAGAUAGUUUCUUCAGAGUCGUCUGUAUUUAUUUUAAUAUUUAUAAUAUUUUUGACAUUCUAUUUAAGUGUACUGAGAAUGUGAAGUUAUUGGAACAAUAUACAGUAAUUUUGUUACAAUACGAUUUAUAUUUAUGUUUACAAUGUAUUGUCUUCGUUGUAAAUUGUGAAAGAUAAAUAAAUUAUUUUGCACAGUA